CCCCUUUGGUUUAAAGGUCUUCGAUUUUCUCUCGUUUUCUUUCUAUCCAAACGCCAAUUCGUCGAGCAUUUCUUCCUUCCCCCUGAUUGUUUCUGUUACUUUUUUCCCCUGUUUCCUGCGUUGCUUUCAGUUGGGUUUGUGAGGAAACGUUUGUUGACUCUAUCUUGUUGGAUCGAUCGUGUGGGAUCCUCCGAUUUUGAUCUGAAAGAGGGAGAUCUAGGAGGAGUUUAAAGCUCGAUUCGUGAAUUUAUUUGGGUCGAGAGUUUGAAAUCGGAUCAGGGUUUUUGCUGGUUUUGAUCUGUAGGAUCGGAAAAAUCGGGGGAUUUUGUCGGCGCAAAUUGGGGAAAAUAUGCAGACUAGGUAUAUGGAGAGGACUAAUAGUAUGAGCAGAGGGAAGAGGAAAUCGGAGGAAGAAAAUCCGCAGACGGAGAGGAAGCGACCUGCUCUUGCCAGUGUAAUCGUGGAGGCCCUGAAGAUGGAUAGUUUGCAGAGGAUUUGCUCGUCUUUGGAACCGAUUCUUCGCCGCGUUGUAAGUGAAGAAGUGGAACGAGCCUUAGCCAAACUAGGCCCUGCUACACUUAAUGGAAGGUCUUCUCCAAAACAAAUUGAGGGUCUCGACGGGAGGAAUUUGCAGCUGCAGUUCAGGUCGAGGUUGUCUGUUCCUUUAUUUACUGGAGGAAAAGUAGAAGGGGAACAAGGUGCUGCAAUCCAUGUUGUGUUGGUUGAUUCGACAACUGGGCAUGUGCUUACGACAGGAUCUGAAGCUUCUGCAAAGCUCGAUGUUGUAGUGCUGGACGGUGAAUUCAGCAAGGAAGAUGAUGAGGGUUGGACCGAAGAAGAAUUUGAGAGCCACUUGGUGAAAGAGAACUCGACAAAGAGACCUCUUCUGACUGGUGACUUGCAGGUGACUCUGAAAGAAGGUGUGGGGACUUUGGGAGAGCUUAUUUUUACAGACAACUCGAGUUGGAUAAGAUGCAGAAAAUUCAGGUUAGGUUUGAAGAUCGCAUCUGGGUAUUGUGAGGGGAUGCGUAUACGUGAGGCAAAGACAGAAGCUUUCACUGUGAAGGACCAUCGUGGAGAGUUGUAUAAGAAGCAUUAUCCACCUGCAUUGAACGAUGAGGUUUGGAGGUUGGAGAAGAUCGGGAAGGAUGGGGCUUUCCACAAGAAACUGAAUAAAGCAGGAAUAUACAAUGUUGAAGACUUCCUGAGGCUUUUGGUCAAGGAUUCUCAGAAAUUGCGGGCUAUUCUUGGAAGUGGCAUGUCGAACAGGAUGUGGGAUGCACUUGUGGAGCAUGCAAAAACAUGCGCCAUGAGCGGAAUGCUUUACGUUUAUUAUCCUGAAGAAUCGAGGGAUAUCGGUGUUGUUUUCAACAACAUUUAUGAGCUCAGUGGCCUCAUUUCUGGAAAGCAAUAUUUCCCGGCUGAUUCUCUUUCGGACAAUCAAAAGGUUUACGUUGAUGGGUUGGUGAAGAAAGCAUAUGAAAACUGGGAUCAAGUCAUAGAGUAUGAUGGCCAGUCUCUGAUGGAUUUCAAUCAAGCUAGGAAAGCAGGUUCGUCAAAAAGCCAACAACUCUUGUUGGGUAAUGAGAAUUAUCCCAUGCCGAUGGCAAUUCCGGGCCAGCAGUCUUCAUCUCAUUCAGACAUAACGGUUGAAGCUUCAGUGUACGAUGGAAACCCUGCUGCUGGUUACCAAUCUCAAUCCCAGCUUGAUAAUUCUAGCUCAUAUUCUCACUUUGGGAAUGUAUCGUUUGCAACACAAGACCACUUGAUCAGCAAUCCUAAUGAAUCCCAAAGCAUGAUGAACAGCAAUGGUGCUGUAAGACUGGCACUCGGUCCUCCACAGUUGUCUCCCACGGGAUUCCAAACGACGCCGGUUUCCUCCUCCACUAUGCGGGCACAGCCUUCUAAUAUCAACUCUUUUGAUGAUUGGUCAAACACCCACGAAAGAGGAGCUGAGGAGUUCUUAUCAGAGGAAGAGAUUCGGGCCAGGAGUAAUGAAAUUCUCGAGAACGAUGAUAUGCAGCAGCUGUUGAGACUCUUUAGCAUGGGAGAUCAGCAAGCCUCCAAUGUGCCCGACGACGGUUAUGGAUUCCAUUCGUUCAUUCACUCUCCUAUGCCCAAUUUCGAGGACCGGACUCAAUCGGGAAAGGCUGUUGUCGGGUGGCUGAAGAUUAAAGCAGCCAUGAGAUGGGGAUUCUUUGUCAGAAGGAAAGCAGCUGAAAGGCGAGCUCGGAUUGUCGAACUAGAAGAUGGGGAGUAAUAGCUCGGGUUUGACUCUUGACACGAAGGAGAUUCAGAAUCCCGGGGAUUUUCGCUCGGUUCAUUUCGUCUCCGAUCUCUCUCCAUUCCGAAGCAGCAUCCAAAUGCUUCUUGGAGAGUUUUACAUGUACAGUUAAGUUUUUUUUCUUCCCUUCAUGCUUGUUUGGGUUAAUUUCCACUUGGAGCUUUGUAAUGUUUGUUUUUAAGAGGCAGACACUAGAAAGUAGCUGUCGCAGUUCUUGUUGGCAAAAACUGAACUGAAAGCUUGAUUGCUUAUUAUUGUUAUUAUGUCUCUCUGUUCUGUUU